CCCGCCGCCGCCCGAGCCGCCGGAGCGCCGGGGCCGCGGGCCCCGCACCAGGGCAGUUCCCUUGUACAUUUUUCCCAGCUCCAGUCACUGGUCAGGACAGCACACGUGGAUUAUCUGAUCUCCUGUGGUUUUUAGAAGCAGGAAAUCCAGGAGCUGGCAGGAGGGGAAUGAACCGUGAGGGCGUCCCCGGGAAGAGUCCGGAGGAGAUGUACAUUCAGCAGAAAGUGAGAGUGCUGCUCAUGCUCAGGAAGAUGGGAUCAAACCUGACGGCCAGCGAGGAGGAGUUCCUGCGCACGUACGCGGGGGUGGUGAACAGCCAGCUGAGCCAGCUGCCCCAGCACUCCAUCGACCAGGGUGCUGAGGAUGUUGUGAUGGCAUUUUCCAGGUCAGAGACAGAAGACAGAAGACAGUAACUACAGGACACCUGAACAACACAGAACUGGAGAGGACAGUGAGAUUCCUGAAGAUAGAGGAGGAUGGCUGAGCGUUAAUAAGUUCCUCUGCCCACCCUAAUUGUUCCUUGGUAUUCCUUCUCCUUUGUAAUGUUGUUUCCCUUUGCCCAACCCUCAGAAUGCAUCUCACAGCCAUCUGUUCCUGUCAGAUUUUGCAACUCGGCCGGGCUGUGUUCAUUAAGGACAAACCCAAAGGUGUGCUUUUGGUUGGCUCAAAGGGACAGGCUGUGGUUGGAUAAAGGAAGGCAAUUUUUCAAACUUGACCAAUGGAAACCUUUUAUCUCACGUUUUAUUUUGUAUUUUAAACAAAGUCUCUUGACAUCCUACUUCUAAAGAAGCUUUUCAUGCUGUGGUGCUUAUUUAGGUCAAACUUGUGAAUUUGAAGAGGGUUUGAUUUGGCUGCAUAGAACUGGAAGCAACUUGUGAUUGGGUGACAAUGCAAAAUCUUUCCCUUCAGUUGGCUUGCAGGUAUUUGCUGACUCCAAAGUUUUCAUUGCAGGAAGCUGAUGUUUUGGUGCAUUGGUUAUUUCUUUAUACUUAUUGACUUGGGGGGAAAAGACAAAUGUGCUUUGCAAUAUUUAUUACCUCUACACACAUAUAAACGCUUGCUUUUGGGGGGUUGUUUUGGUUUUUUGAUUGGCUUUGAAGUCAUAGUUUGAUUUCCUUUUGGCCGCAGUGUUUCUGAUGCAAUCAGUUUUUCCAUACUCAGCUGCUCCAUGGCCUGGAGCUCUUUUGGGAGCGUGUGUCAAAGCAGAUUUGGCUCAGGAAGUCCACCUGGCCAGGCUGGAGGCCGAGAUGCCCAGCCCUGGUGGGCACGGGGGCUGUGCCCCAGCCCUGGCACCCCUGCCUGCCCAGGGCUUCUCUCUGCUUCCCUGGAGGAGUUCUGCAGGAACUGCAAGAAUGAGAUCUGAGGCUGUGACAUGAAUUUGCCAAAUUUGUACACAUAGAGAAUAUGUGAACUUGUUUAAAGUACUGCAGAGUUCCACUUUACCCCUUUGACUGCUGCACAAGAGUAGCUCUCACGUUAGGAACAGUUAAUUAACUUAAAUCCAGCUUGCACUGGGCUUUAACAGACUGAAGUUUCUAGUCACUUGAAAAGUUGUACAUGGUUUCCCUCCUUGCAGCUGUUUGGUGAGAGGGGAAUUCUCUGGAUGCCAGGAUAGCAGCAGGCUCCUGGGGCACUGCUCAGGAGGCAGCAGUGCU